AGGUGGCUGUUGGCUCAUCACCGCACCGCGUAAUACAAAGAAAACUGCGGCACCGCGAGAGUUCAACUUGAGAAGACGCGUAAUCCCCACAGCGUCGAGGCCAAGCAAAGUACCAGAGCAACUCUUACGAAGCCGUUGAAGAUCCGCGCAAUCUACUGCGCUGUCAAUGAUGAACUCAGGAAUAGGUGCAGGCGGCACUCGUCUACCUGUCCCUCGCGUCUACUUGAAGAUUAAUCGCAAGAGCUGUCGCGACGGCUUGGUCGAGGAUGCGCCGGCCAGCCAAUACGUGCGGGUGCAAUGGGACGCGGCAGAGAUGGGUGCCCUUCCAGCUCCGCUGCAGCGUGCGCUGGCAACACGCACGAAGUAUCUGUUCCGGCGGCUGCCAGACCCCGCCAAGAAAGCCGCCGCUUCUGGUUGCGGUGACACGGCUGUGACACCAUCCGAGACUUCUGAAUGCGCUACAGCAGUAACUACUCUCUCCGCUCCCGCGCGCACACCGGUGGAGCGCGUCACACAGGCAGGGCAGUGUGUUCUCAUCGAAUGCGGUGGGGGAGGAGAGGCAGGGGCAGCGGACACGUCAGCCGCCGCUUCCCCUGCUGCAAUGGCGCUCUACGUGUUGGACACUCGAGCCAGCGAGCGACAGGCAAUGGAGGAGGCGUUUGGCGAAUUCGCCGUCACAGACGACACGCCAGCGGGGUACGACGCCGUGAAGCGUGCGCGAGAUACGACGGACGACGUUGCGGAUGUCUACUUGGCACCUGUACGGCGGCUGUCACGUGGCCAGGAUCACGCCACCGCUCCCCAGGCAGAAGAGGUUGCCCCUUCCAUUUCCUGUUGGGGGCCAGUGGAAGAAGAUGUGGCGGGCACCACGUGGGAGAUGCUGCAGGCGUACGAGGAGCUGCUCUGCGUGGAAAGCGGCGGUGAGGGGGCGGCGGAUCUCUACUGCUACCCGGACCACCGCAAAGACGACGAGUACGAUAGCAAUGCGGAGGACUUCUCCGGCAAUGACUACCCCAAUGACGCAGACGAAGGGAGCGAGCGUAGCAGCAGCGGUGGGGAAGGAGAAGGAUCGGAGUCGUCGACAUGGCGGCGUGGCCGGCGUGGACACGGAUGCGCGGCCUACGGGAUGUUUUGCGAGGAGGGCUACAGGGAGCGUAGUCUCAGCAGUGGGUGGAGUAGCGACGAUAACUGA